UGAUUACUGUUCAAUUUCCCGAGUAUAAAAGUGAUGCGGCACACUCAGAGGGUCCACUCUGGGGAAUCAUGAUGAAAUUAGGUCUUGUGCUGCUUUUUGCUGCCUACGUUCACGGGUGUGGGAAUCCCACCUACGAGCCCUCCCUGAGCCGCGUUGUGAACGGGGUAGAUGCUCGACCCUACAGCUGGCCCUGGCAGAUUUCUCUGCAGUAUCUCAGCGGCUCCACGUACCGUCACACAUGUGGAGGCACUCUGCUCACUCCUGAAUGGGUCAUGACUGCUGGACACUGCAUCGGAUCUCGAACCUACCGUGUGGUGGUGGGCGAGUAUGACCUCACUAAAGAGGAGAGAUAUGAGCAGGUUAGAAGUGUGGCGAGGAUCGUGGUUCACCCCUACUGGGACGACAACUGCCUGUCUUGUGGUAACGACAUUGCGAUGAUCAAACUGGCCUCACCUGUCCAUCUGGACGACAAGGUGCAGCCGUCCUGUCUGCCGGAGAGCGGACAGAUCGUUCCAAACAAUGACCCCUGCUACAUCACCGGGUGGGGAAGACUCUACAGUGGUGGUCCCAUUGCCUCCAAGCUCCAGCAGGCCCUCCUCCCUGUGGUCGCCCACAGCAUCUGCAGCCGCAGCGACUGGUGGGGUAGCACUGUGAAAACCACGAUGGUCUGUGCCGGUGGAGACAUCCGCUCUGGCUGCCAUGGAGACUCCGGAGGCCCUCUGAACUGCAGAGGUGGCGACGGGAGGUGGUAUGUGCAGGGGGUGACCAGCUUCGUCUCCUCCCGAGGGUGCAACACCCCCUUGAAGCCCACGGUGUUCACCCGCACCUCCUCCUUCACCAAGUGGAUCAGUGACACUUUGCUGCAGUACUGAAGACCUGAAGACUUUUAAUGUCAAUAAAUCGACUUUAUCAACCACU